AUGUCGGAUAUUCGUAAUUUUUUCAAAAAAGUUCCAUCAACAAAUAAAAAACGUCCGCGAGAUCAAGAUGAAGAUGUAGUUGAACUACCAAAAGUUGAACCAAAACCGAUUGUAAAUAAAAAAUCUAGUGAAAAAGUUGUACCAACUGUAACUAAACCUAUUCCUGAAACAAGUCCAGCGAAGAAAAUGAAAUUAAAAGAAGCUGAUCCAUUCGAAAAGAAAAAACCUGAUGAGAAAGUUGUACCAACUGUAACUAAACCUGUUCCUGAAGCAAGUCCACCGAAAAAAAUGAAAUUAAAAGAAGUUGAUCCAUUCGAAAAGAAGAAACGUGUGGAAAGUUAUAAAUCAUUUAUAAAUAGAGGUGGACCUGAUGCACCUGGUUCGAAAACAAUACCAGAUGGAGAAAAAAAUUGUCUAAAAGAUUUAGCAUUUGUUAUAUCAGGUGUACUGGAAUCAUUAGAACGUGAUGAAUGUAAAAAAUUAAUAGAAAAAUAUGGUGGUCGAGUAACAACAGCAAUUAGUGGAAAGACAAAUUAUCUUCUUACUGGUCGUGAUGUUAGUGAAGGAAAAAUUACUAAAGCAAAAGAAAUAAAAAUUAAGAUUAUUUCCGAAGAUGAUCUUCUUGAAAUGAUACGAACACGUCCAGGCGAUGAAGAAUCAUCUUCAGUGAAGUCAAAACGAAAUUCAAAGCCGACUAUAGAUCCAGAUCAAGCAUCAGAAUCGACUUCAAAAAAAUUAAAACGAGACUCUUCAACUGCAAGCAGGACAACAGAGUCUUCUUCGACAAAAUUAAAACGAAAUUCUUCGUUAAAUGGAAAGAAGACAACAGAUUCAAAUCCUACGUCCAUUUCGAAAGUAUCCGUUGAUGAAUCAUCUUUAUUAUGGGUAGAUAAAUAUAAACCUGAAACAAUAAAACAACUCGUUGGACAACAAGGUGACAAAUCUUGUGUACAAAAAUUAAUUGUCUGGUUACGUGAUUGGUAUAAACAUCAUGGCGAUAGUAAUGAGAAAAUUAAAGCAAAACCAUCAUUUGGUUUUAAUCGUAAUGAAAAUCC